AGGCGGACGCGGAAGAUUCAAGUGCUAGAAAGGCUGACACUGAACGCGGGGGGACCCGCGACGACGUCAACGAGCCGGCAAAAAACAGAGCAGGAGAGCCUACUUCUAAACAUGUCGCUUCCCGGCUCCCCCUCACUUCUCCCGGCGAGCUCGAGCGCGAGCGCCCCAACUCCGGCCACGCUCUACCGCACGCCUCCUGAGACGCUCCACUCUUCCGCCAGUCCACCGCACAGCAACUCGCUGUCCCCGCGGCUCAGCGGCGGAGCCUUGCUCGGAGGCUUCCAGCCCGCGCGCGGAACCCCUCUGAGCGGCUUGGGCAACGGCGCCGCAGCCUCGCUAGUGUCCGGGCUCGGCGUAUUGGGCUCGCCCGCUUCCACUCCUCCGAGCUCCUCCGGACCGUGCGGCGAGUGCAAGCUGGUGGAGGUGCACGGUGUCAAAGUAGCCAGCUUCGGCGUACUCGGCCAGGAGCUCAUCUGCCUGCCGCAGGUGUUCGACCUCUUCCUGAAGCACCUGGUGGGCGGUCUGCACACCGUCUACACCAAGCUCAAGCGGCUGGACAUCACCCCGGUGGUGUGCACUGUGGAGCAGGUUCGCGUGCUGCGUGGGCUCGGCGCCAUCCAGCCCGGCGUCAACCGCUGCAAGCUCAUCUCUAGGAAGGACUUCGAGAUCCUCUACCAGGACUGCACCAGUGCCAGCUCCCGCCCGGGUCGCCCUCCCAAGCGGUGUUCUUCCGGCGCCGGCGUCCAGGAAAGCCCGAGGCUGCUUCACCCGGGCCUGCUGUCCCCCAACCUGCUCUCUCACACCGGCUUGACAGCGGCCGCCAUGGCCGAACUCCAGAAGCUACACAAGAUGAAGAUGAUGAUGAGUCUGCAGAACGGAAAUGAGUCGGACAAUGACGACCUGCACUCUAACGCGGGAGGAAGCGAAUGCUCCUGGGACAAGGAACGACUGAGCAGCCCCCCGGCCGGAGCCCAGGGUGGAGGAGGCAGGGCCAACCCGGCGGCAGGAGGCGGGCGGGGUCCGGCUUUGGGAGCUGUCAAUCAACAGCAACUCCAACAACAGCAGCAGCAGCUGCUUGCUAACAGACUGGACUUGCCCUUUAUGAUGAUGCCUCACCCAUUGCUGCCCAUGGGGUUGCCACCCGCUUCUGUUGCCAUGGCGAUGUCGCAGAUGAACCAACUCAGCACCAUCGCCAACAUGGCCGCCGCAGCUCAGCAGAUACAUGUACACCGGGCGCCGGUGAUCAAGGAGCGGGUGUGUGAUAGUCCCUCCUUGUCGCCCUCCGUUGAUGAGACCAACACUCCUCUGCAGUCACAGCCCAGUAGCUCCGCCUCCAGUUCUCCAGAAAGACUUGGCCUGCUUUCGGCGGACACAGAUGAUGCGCUGGCAAACGCUGCGACAUCCAUCAAGAAAAUGACAAAGGACAAAGAAGAAGAACAAGCCUUGCCUGCUGGCUUCCCUGCACCGUUCCUUUUCGCUGACAGCCUGUCAUCUGUGGAAACGCUCCUUACCAACAUACAGGGCCUCCUGAAGAUGGCGGUGGACAAUGCCCGCGUGCAGGAUAAGCAGAUCCAGGCGGAGAAGAGGGAGCUGAAGAUGGAGCUCUACCGGGAACGAGAGAUGAGAGAGAGUCUGGAGCGGCAGCUGACCUCCGAACUACAGAGCAGAGCGUCCAUCCAGAAACGUCUGAAGAAGGAGAAGAAGGCCAAGAGGAAGCUGCAGGAGGCGCUGGAGUUCGAGUCCAAGCGGCGGGAGAGGGGGGAGGACAUCCAGAAGCACUCACCUUCGUCCUCGCCUGAGCUGCUGCACGCCGCAGAUACUGGAUCCGACCAGCAGGAAGAACUGAACGGGAGCCAGGAAGACUCUGGAGCUGUGCAAGAAUCUCGAGCUUUCCUGAAGACCACCAUCAUGUUCUAGCAGUGUGGAGUCCACUACCUCGUCCUCCUCAGACGGGAUGAUGCCCCCCACCAUCGCAUUAUUAAAAAAAUUAAUUUGAAGAAAAAUUCAUGUGACUUCCUUCCGGUAUUUUUCCCCCCUUCCGCAAAGCAUGCUGGAAUGGACGGACGUCAAGGCUCUUUGGCAGAACUUGAGUCCACCUCAUUGGCUGGCCCACUCGAAUUGGAAGGAAAUCAACUCAUGGGCGCUGAAAUGAGACACUGUGAAAAAAGAAUUUUCCGGAAUAUGAGGCGGGGGCUUCUGUCUCGUUUCAUGACGAAUCUUUUUACCCAAAUUGCAACUACUCCUCCACCUUCUCGUCUUGAACUAAAGUGUUUUCUAUCACUUUGAAGGACAUCUUAGACAAAAAAACCUUUUUUUUAUGACAACAAAGUGAUUUUUAGACUAUUAUAUCCUCAAGCUGACCAAGAAGUAGUUGUAUGAUGAGUGAGUUGAGUAGCACUUUUUUUCUUCUUCUUCAAAUCGGCUCCACUUUGGAACUUUGCCAGCCGCGCUUUUUGCGUGAACUCUUGUCUGUUCUUUGUGAACUGAAAAUGUACAGGAACGAUUCACGUGUGUAGAUAGACGUGACACUGGCUCGUUGGAACUUUUUUCGUUUUGUGUGACUGAGCGCAAAUAUACAUGAUUACAAUGACGUACUUGGUGCUCUUUUUUGUUUGCAAAGUCUUUCCUCUUACUUCCUCUCGCGCUUCGUCUCCAUCCCUUUUACCAAAUAGUUGAUGUCACUUUUUCCAUUUCCCCAUAAUGGAAGCCUCGAGAGCUGAGCGAUGGACGGCGCAUCCCGGGGAUGAGGAGCGAUGGACGAGGGAUGAUGGAAGGAAUGAGGAAGGAUGAAGAGGUGACGGCGUGAAGGAUGUGAGUAGCUACGCGGGAGAAAAUGAAGGAGAAGCAAACAGCUUUAGAGUAGCAGUGGGCUAAAUGAGAGACUGAAAAAGAAACAGAAGAGGGAAUUGACCACAUUUG